AUGGUCCAAUUUGGACCUACACCGUCACCAGGCUCGAUCUUCCUCGCGUCCAAGUUUAUUGUCGAGGAGUUGCCCAUCCGAUUAGCUAAAAAAGUCAAGGACUUGGAUAAUGCCCCCUUGGGAUUGGACCAACAACCAUCAACGAUAAAAGUCAAGAACUGGUAUGCCCAGAGUUUCCAGGAGUUGACCGGGUUGCCCAAGCCGGCCAUUGACGAGAACCUAAAGAAACUCUUGUACCAGAACAAUGGAGGCAACAACAACAACCAGAAUCACCAAAAUGGCCAUGCGCAAAGUGUCAGCGAUGUCGAGGAGCAGCCCCAUAUCAAGGAGGAAAUCCACAAAAUUCAUGACCUGCUAGAAGAUAACCCUGCGAUAAACAACAUCUUUAGCGACGACGGCAUUGUUGUUCGACAUAACCACCACCACUCGCUUCCGCGCAAGGCCAAGGACCCCCUCGACAACACCAUCAACCGCACCCUGUCGCCAACGUAUGGACAGACGUAUUUCCUGCCCUGCCCGACAAACAUUGUGUGGCCAAAGGAAGUCUACGACUACAACAAGCUUGUAUGUGAAGCGUUGGAGAAAAUCAAGAAACGACACGAUGCCACCGUGGCCACCAUGGCGCAAGGUGUCAAGGAAUGGAAAACGUUGAACAAGACGGUUCUUGUCAACUCGCAAAUCCAAACUUUCCUCGACCGCUUCUACAUGUCGCGUAUCGGCAUAAGAAUGUUGAUUGGGCAACAUAUUGCCCUCAACAUGGCGCAAAACUCGCCCACCAAGCAGCGGAUCUCUACUUUGAUCAAUGGCAACAACGAGCCCAAAAAGUCGCAGCGUUCAAACUACGUCGGUGUCAUUUGCACCGACUGUAACGUGGGCGAGAUUGCCGAAGACGCCAUUGAAACUGCCAAGUACAUCUGCGAAGAGUACUAUGGCUUAUUCGAAGCUCCCGAGAUUAAGCUCAUUGCUCCGCAACAAGAUAUCAACUUCAUGUACGUGCCGGGCCAUUUGAUCCAUAUGUUGUUUGAAACGUUGAAAAACUCCCUCCGGGCAACGAUCGAGUUCCAUAUCCCAAAACUCAAGCAAAACUACAUGAAACAACACCCUGAUGCCAAGUAUGAAGAAAUCGACCUUAAUGACCUCGAGUUCCCGGCGAUCAAAGUCAUCAUCAGCGAAGGCACAGAGGAUAUCGCCAUCAAAAUCAGCGAUGAAGGCGGAGGUAUUCCUCGUUCAUCGCUCCCACUCAUCUGGACUUAUCUUUACACCACCGUAGACGAAACGCCAAUCUUGGAAUCGGAACACACUAACCAGCUGAGCUUUAAAGCGCCAAUGGCGGGGUUCGGUUACGGCUUGCCCAUCUCGAGGCUCUAUGCUCAAUAUUUCGGCGGCGACUUGAAGUUGAUCAGUAUGGAAGGUUACGGGACCGAUGUUUAUCUCCAUUUGAACAAGUUGAGCAGCUCCAAUGAGCCUCUACCUUGA